AUGUCGCACACACUGAGCCGCCGACUUGCGUCGGUGCCUACGAAAUGGCGUGGUGCGUCAGUGUUGCAUCGUAGUGGCGUGUGUAUGCCUGUGCGCACGCCGCCCAUGAUGCUGCGUAUUGGUCUCUUGUCCGCACACGAUGAGCUUCGUGGCGUGUCUGGGCCGGCGCUCCUGUCUGUGCGAGCCUUGUCGACAUCGCCGCCGCGUGCGAUGCCGUCAAAGGGAAAGGAUGUGGUCACGCCGGAAGAGCCUAAGCAGAGUCUUCCAACACGUGUAUGGAACAAGGUGAAGGAAGAAGCGCUGCAUUACUGGCAUGGCACGAAGCUGCUCGGCAAGGAAAUUAGCAUUUCCUUCCGUCUGCUACGCCGCAUGAUUUUGGGCUACACACUCACACGUCGUGAACACCGUCAGUUGCGACGCACGAUGGGUGACUUGCUUCGUCUGAUUCCGUUCAUUCCAUUUGUGAUCAUUCCUGCCGCUGAGCUCUUGCUUCCUGUGGCCCUGAAAAUCUUCCCGAAUAUGCUUCCUAGCACGUUUGAAAGCAAAUUCGCUGCGGAAGAAAAGCGACGACGUCUUCUUAAGCUUCGUAUUGAGAUGGCCAAGUUCUUGCAGGAGUCGAUCAAAGCAGGUGGCUUGCAGGUGUCGCAUACCGUGCGAGACUCGGAAGCGUUCCAAGACUUUUAUCACAAGGUGCGCAUCGGACAGCAUCCCUCCAAGCAAGAAGUCAUCCAGGUGGCGAAACUGUUUGACGAUGAGCUAGCGCUGGAGAACUUGACGCGGCCGCAACUAGUGUCGAUUUCUCGGUACAUGCAAUUGUCGGCGUUUGGUACAGACAACUACCUGCGAUUCCAAAUCCGUCAUGCGCUCUCUCGUAUUCGUCAGGACGAUUUGGUGAUUAGCAAUGAAGGCUCGGAUUCCAUGUCGUACCAGGAACUCCUCGCGGCGUGCCAGUCGCGUGGUGUUUGGUCGCAUGACCGUACGCAGGAGCAGCUCAAGGAGGGCCUGGACGUGUGGAUCAAGCUGCACAUUCGCGAGCACAUCAGUGGUACGCUUCUGAUCCUUAGUCGUGCGUUCUACUUUCUGGGUGAGUCUGAGGAUCCGAAUGCGACGUACCAAGACAUGCAAAUCAAGGCGCUUGAACUGACCAUGAGUUCGCUGCCAGAGUCGCUGCUGAACGAGGCGGAGCUCAACUUCAGCAAGGAGUCUGCUACGAACAAGCAGCGCUUGGAGGUGCUGCAAGAGCAAGAAGAAUUGAUUGAGGAUGAGGCCGAGCAGGAAGAAGAGGAGCAAGCUGCGCGCGAUGCGGCCAAGUCGCGGAAGGAUUCGGAGGCUACGGAAGCGUCCAAGAUUGUGCCCUCGACGCAGAAAGAUGCCGACGAUGCCCGCAUGACGCACGAGCAGCUGACGGAACUGGGCGAGGCGCUGUCGAUUUUGAGUGCCAAGUCGUCAGUGCUGCGUGAGCGCCAGGAUCUGCAGCAGUUGAUGAACGACUUGCCGCCGGAGGAGCGUGAAGACACGGUCGAAGGGGAUGACAACAUGCCGCGCAAGAAGAGUCUGUACCGCAAAAUCCGCUCGAUGCUCAAGCGCAUUGAUAAACAGCUGGAAGAGUUUGACAAGGACGUGGGCGGUCGCAUGAACCUCAUCGAGGCGAGCUCGACCGGCAAGAUCAGUGUGAGUGAUCUCGAGCAGGCGCUCCGUUUGAUCAAGCACCGCCCCGAUGAAGAGGUGCUCCACAAGCUUGUGGACAAGCUCGAUGUGGACCUGGAUGGCCUUGUGCCACUGGAUGAUGUGCUAGAGCUUGCAAGCCAAGAAAAGGGCUUGGAGACCACGCAUGGAGGUACAGUGAAGGAUAUUCAGAAGGAAAGUGAGCGUCUUCAAUCGAAAAAGCCUCGAAUGAGCGACAUUGUCGAAGAUGCAUAG